UACAACUGAUAAAGAUAUUAAAAUAUUUUGCUAUGAUCUUAUUACCUUCUCAAAAUUAUCAUCAAGUGAUUCCUUUCCUUUUGAGCAACAUACCAAACUAUUAUCUCAAAAAUAUAUGGUACCAUUUGCUAUUGAAAACAUCAAGAUUCAAAAUCUAUUUACUCAUGCAUUAAUUUUGCUGAAUUUGAAUGAUGUUCUGAGCAUAAAAUAUUUUACAUCCUUGAUUGAGAAAUAUCCAGAAUUCGAAGGUGGAUAUUUUGGAAGGGUAGCCGCGAUGCUGCGCCUAGAUGAUUCACCCACUGCAAGUAUACAGGGAUUAGAAGAUUUGACGUUUUCUAUCAAGUUGUGCAAUAUCAGUCAAUCAUCUUACCUGCCAAUGCAUAUCAUUCUCAGAUCCAUUCUCUAUUCGAAAGCGGGCAUGUUCGAGGAAUGCGUGAACGAUUUGACCCUCCUCUUGAGCUUUCACGAUAUCUGGGAAAUUUAUUUCUUGCGAGCUCUGCACCAUAUCCUGCUGAAUAAUCUAGCCGACGCCGAAGCGGAUUUGAACUCGGCCCUUUCUUCGAGAGUUAGCGGUGGCGACGAAGAGGACCCCGAAGAUUGUCCGGUUAUGGUAAACUUUUUGGGCACUUUGCUAACCCGGCUAGGGAGACCUAAGGAAGUGUUGGCUCUUUAUUACAAAUGGGAUAGAUGCGUCGUUACUGCCCAAAGCAUAGCUAAUCUUGCCAAUACUUACAACUUACUGGGUGACGCUGAGCAAUCGCUUUCCGCCUACGCAACUCUCCCUCGGAAUUCUGAAUGCCCCAUACAAAAUUUCGACCGUAAAGUUGGGUGCGAAUCUAAAGGCGAGAAUAACGCCAAUCAAACUCAACGUACUCAUUACGAGAUGGGGCUUAUCCUUUACAGGUUCGGUCGACUCUCGGAAUCUUCGAUGGAUUUCCGAAAAUGUUUGGACAGACCUUCGCUAACGAAUGACGACAUCAACAGUUACACGCGAUUGCGAUGCGUUUAUUAUACGGGACUCGUUCAGCUUAACAGGGCUCAAUUUUACGAUAGUCUUCUGACGUUUAGCAAAAUUUUUUCCGACCCGCAAUUGAGAUCGAAAUACGCGAAUUCCGAAUAUUUUCGCUCGUCCAUCUAUUUGAGAGAAUAUGCCAGAUAUUUGCACAAUCAUCUGGACACCAAACCUUUCGCCAAACUAGAUUCGGACCAAGAGAUCGAUUGGCAGCUCAGGCACGCUUGGCUGACCAAUACCUACCUCGAUAUCAAUGAUAAAACUUUAAAUCCGCCAGAGCAGCCGCCCAUGAAUUCCGCGAUAAAACCAUUGUUAAUUUCAGAGAGCCAAAAUGGGUUGAGACAAGAAACCAAAAAUACCCUGUGUGAAGCCGCUAAACUAGGUAGGUCCAUGCUCGGUACCGGUGACGGCUGGGCUAACACGCCAAGGGAGAGACUUCUCGUUGGGUUGGCGGUCGUUCAUUUAGCGCAAACGUUAAAAGAUUACCGCCUAAAGUACGGUGAUUAUUCGUUUUUGACAAGGCACGGUUCAGAAUUCUCUUGGAUUGACAUGUACCAACUCGUAACCAAAUAUAUCAGGUUAUCCGACUUUUCCCAGCCUUUGUUCUGGUUUUACCAGCUUCCUCGGAAAUCUUUCGCGAGAUCCACUAGGUACGGAGAUAGGUCGUCAUCGAAGCUGGACUCUUAUUUUUAUCUUUUGAAGGAAGGUAAAAGAACCCCGAAAUACGAAUCGUACUUCAAAUUGGUCCUAAAUCUGCUGACCACCCUAGUGCAACAUUCCGAUAGCGAGGACAUGCUCAAGCCUUACUCAGAAAAUGGUUCCUAUCUCAUGGAUAGCCCGCUCAAUUACUCCCAACUUCUGACUUUCGCCAAAAGUAAAAUGAAUGAAGACGGGGUCAGCAUAUCGACUCAAAUUCCUUCCAGAAAAUUCGAUUCCAGUUCAUUCGGGAAGCUAAACGCCGUUUCCGUACAUUUGACCAGAAAUGAAUCCCUGGGAUUCAGGGCCAGCGAUAUCAACGAGGAUCAGAUGAAUCUUUUUUUGAAGAUCAAGUCUUGUCCCGACCGAAACAAUUCCUACAUGAUUGAAUUGAAUGAGCUAUACAAGGAACUGUUUAGCCCCCAUAUAUUUGAAAAUAUGGAUGCCUUUUUGGAACAACUGCUAACCAUUUUAUACUACUUCAGCAACUUCAACCCCCUGAGCUCUCACGUCAGCGAAAUCGGGUACGCUACUACGGCCUCCAUAUUACUGGCUCUCGGGUACGAGUUGGAUAAUAGGAUUCCCCCUAACAAAUCCGUUCUAUUUGACGCACUUUUGUCGGGUACGCCCGAAGCCUUCGUCCUAGUCACCAAGCAGUGGGUCAGAUUAAAGAAGAACACGAAAUACAUAACUUCAUUUCCCAACAUGACUACGCGCUUCCCGACUUUGAGAUCCUUGCUUAGGGUUUUGACCCUGAAUCUUCACGAAUUGGAAUGCAAAUCACUCGCGACAUGAAACUCGAUUAAUUAUUAUAUAUUAUAUUUUUCUUUUCCUAUUAAUUUAUAUG